AUGAAAUCUGUUCCAUACGUAUGUUAUGGUAAUUGUUUGUACAUUGAGUCUAAAAUAGCUAAUGUCACAGGUAUUUCAGGAGUUAAUAGUAAAGGUUCAGUAGAAUAUAAGUCUUUCUGUUAUGAAGUAAAUUCAAUGUUCAUUCCAAACGUUCCUGUCAUAGCAACUCAUUUAGGUAAAUGGGUUCGCAUUAGUCCUCAUAAUUUGAAAGACAUGCAAUUCAGACUUGUUGACUUUCAAGGAGAGCCUGUAGAACUGAAGGCACCAGUGCGAAUGACUGUUGAAGUUGACUUUUUAGAAAAUAUUAAAUGCAACAGCUUACAAGAGAACUCAGAGCUAAAAAUAUAA